CUGCUGUAUACAGAGAGUUUUGCACACCUUGGUGUCGCUGCUCAGCGAUUCAGUGUGUGGUGCUUGUCGAGCCCAACUGCCUUAAGACUUCUUGGCGGAGCCGGCCCGACGAGGCACACCGAGUUCCAUACAAAAAUUAUACAUUACAUUAGCCUGACCAAGCGGGAAGGCGAUUCGCUUUUUUUCUGUUCUUUUACACCCGACUUCUUAUCCGUACGAUACAUUUAAUAAAAUUGGCUCGUCGAACAUAAUCGCGUAUGUGCCACAGCAGCUCGUUUGUACACCCGACUCCAGUCUCGGCCGCCGUCAGCCUACAAUAGUAGCGCACGCACUUACAAGAUAUAUAUAUAAAAAAUAAAAAACUGAUGCGCUAGCUGCCGCCUGCUGCACACACAAGUACACAACAGCUCGCCCUGAAAAUAACCUACUGCCCAAUUCUGCCCUGCACUCCCGACAAACCAUCAACAUUCUAGCCCGGAAUGCAUUAGGUAUGUUUGUUAGCUCGCUCAUUUAUUAGAGAUUGGGUGAAAGAAACUAGAAAAGUUGUUAGAGCACAAACUUUUUCUGUAGUUAAUACAGGCGGCUGGACUCCGAAUACUACCACUGACGAUUGUGCUGUAGAUUCACAGUUUUUUGAUACAAUGGCGCUUCCAAGUAGAGCACGAGUAUACACAGAUGUUAAUUCACAUAAGCCCAGAGAAUAUUGGGAUUAUGAAUCUUAUGUUGUCAACUGGGGUCAACAAGAUGAUUACCAAUUAGUGCGCAAAUUGGGUCGUGGUAAAUACAGCGAAGUAUUUGAAGCUAUUAACAUUACAAAUAAUGAAAAAUGUGUUGUAAAAAUAUUGAAGCCAGUGAAAAAGAAGAAGAUCAAGAGGGAAAUUAAAAUUCUUGAAAAUUUGAGAGGUGGGACCAAUAUUAUAACACUCCAAGCUGUUGUAAAAGAUCCAGUCUCUAGAACACCUGCAUUAAUUUUUGAGCACGUCAACAAUACAGAUUUCAAACAACUUUAUCAAACUUUAUCAGAUUAUGAUAUUAGAUACUACCUUUAUGAGCUCUUGAAGGCAUUGGAAUAUUGCCAUAGCAUGGGUAUUAUGCACAGAGAUGUAAAACCACACAACGUAAUGAUUGAUCAUGAAAAUAGAAAACUGCGAUUGAUCGAUUGGGGUCUCGCUGAAUUCUAUCAUCCGGGUCAAGAAUAUAACGUGCGUGUUGCUUCGCGAUAUUUCAAAGGCCCGGAACUUCUUGUAGAUUACCAGAUGUACGAUUAUUCUUUAGACAUGUGGUCUUUAGGAUGUAUGUUGGCUAGUAUGAUAUUCAGAAAAGAACCAUUCUUUCAUGGACAUGACAAUUAUGAUCAACUAGUAAGGAUCGCUAAAGUGCUGGGCACUGAAGAACUUUUCGAGUAUCUCGAUAAGUAUCACAUUGAACUUGAUCCUCGCUUCAAUGAUAUACUCGGACGACACUCGCGUAAGCGUUGGGAGCGUUUUGUGCACUCGGACAAUCAGCAUCUCGUUUCUCCUGAGAGUCUUGAUUUCCUUGACAAGUUGCUGCGCUACGAUCAUUUCGAGCGACUGACUGCUCGCGAAGCCAUGGAUCAUCCAUACUUCUUUCCAAUUGUUUCAGUGAAGGAUCAGGGCCGCAUGGCCAUGGUCUCGUCAUCCCCUACUCCCAUGACAGGCACAUUGCCUGUAGGUGAGUAGCGGCCCAGGUAAUGUCAUCACCAUAAAUUGCUUCUACCUAAUACAACACAAAACAACAAAAAAGUAAAAACCAAUCUGUCAUUACAUAUUACAUAACGGCUUCAGUAACUUACAUGCUUUGGCAUAUGCAUGUUGAAAUUGCGUAUGUAAACAUUUUAGAAUGUGUAAAGUUAUAUUUAGGUAUACCACAAAGAUGCCUUACUCUUUUCAAAUCUUUAAUAUUCUUUUUGUAAUAUUGGUUUUUUUUAUCAACUUGUUCAAAGAAAAGAAGUAAGAGCAAUUGUGUAUAAAAUUUGUGUAACAAAGCAAUCAUUAGUCUAAAUGCCAGUAAUAAGACAGAUAACGCUAAAAACUUGAGUAUUUCUUAACAAUUUUUGAAUAAAUGUUAUACAAUACCGAAUGAACUCAGUAAUAGACAAUGUGGUUAGUUUAAGCCAUUUAAAUUAUUAAUUUUUGAAGUCAACUCAGGGCUGUCAUGUUUUCAAAGGCUACUUUAGUUAUCAAAUAAAUUAUUGAAGCACCUACAAGGAUUGAAGCUGUUGUAUGUUGACUAUAUUUAUUUUAUAGAAAUUGAGUAUUUUUCAAGACAUUAAAGUCAAUUCAAAUCUACAUAAAAAGGUGCAGAUUCUGAAAAUUAUUUUUUUUA